GGCGCGGAAGCUCCUACGGCCGGUGGCGAUGUCUAGCCGGUCUAAACGGCAGUCUCAUGGUUCCACCCGUGGGAAGCGCGAAUCCGAGUCGCGGGGUAGCUCGGGUCGCAUCAAGAAGGAGCGAGACCGCGAGCGGGAGCCCGAGGCGGCGAACUCCCGGGCCAGCCCGGUCCGCGUGAAGCGGGAAGCCGAGCCGACUGCACGGGAGGUUCCGGCGUCCGCGCCCCCGGCGGUGAGGGUGAAGCGGGAGCGCGAGGCCGACGAGGACUCGGAGCCUGAGCGGGAGGUGCGAGCAAAGAAUGGCCGAGUGGAUUCUGAGGACCGGAGGAGUCGUCACUGCCCAUAUCUGGAUACCAUUAACAGGAGUGUGCUGGACUUCGACUUUGAGAAACUCUGCUCUAUCUCCCUCUCGCAUAUCAAUGCGUACGCCUGUCUGGUGUGUGGCAAGUACUUUCAAGGCCGGGGCUUGAAGUCUCACGCCUACAUUCACAGCGUCCAGUUCAGCCACCACGUCUUCCUCAACCUCCACACUCUCAAGUUUUACUGCCUUCCUGACAACUAUGAGAUCAUCGACUCCUCCCUGGAGGAUAUCACAUAUGUGUUGAAGCCUACUUUCACAAAGCAGCAAAUUGCAAACUUGGACAAGCAAGCCAAAUUGUCUCGGGCAUAUGAUGGUACCACUUACCUGCCAGGGAUUGUGGGACUGAACAACAUAAAAGCCAAUGACUAUGCAAAUGCAGUGUUGCAGGCUCUGUCUAAUGUUCCUCCUCUUCGGAACUACUUCCUGGAGGAAGACAAUUACAAGAACAUCAAGCGCCCUCCAGGGGAUAUUAUGUUUUUGUUGGUCCAGCGCUUUGGAGAGCUGAUGAGAAAGCUCUGGAACCCCCGGAACUUCAAGGCACAUGUUUCUCCUCAUGAGAUGCUUCAGGCUGUUGUCCUUUGCAGCAAGAAGACUUUCCAGAUCACCAAACAAGGGGAUGGAGUUGACUUCCUGUCUUGGUUUCUGAAUGCUCUGCACUCGGCUCUGGGCGGCACCAAGAAGAAGAAGAAGACUAUUGUGACUGAUGUUUUCCAGGGGUCAAUGAGAAUCUUCACUAAAAAGCUUCCUCAUCCUGAUCUGCCAGCGGAAGAGAAAGAACAGCUGCUCCAUAAUGAUGAGUACCAAGAGACGAUGGUCGAGUCUACGUUCAUGUACCUGACGCUGGACCUUCCCACCGCCCCACUUUAUAAGGAUGAGAAGGAGCAGCUUAUUAUCCCCCAGGUGCCACUCUUCAACAUCCUGGCCAAGUUCAACGGCAUCACUGAGAAGGAAUACAAGACUUACAAGGAGAAUUUCCUGAAGCGCUUCCAGCUCACCAAGCUGCCUCCAUAUCUAAUCUUUUGCAUCAAGAGAUUUACUAAGAACAACUUCUUUGUGGAGAAGAAUCCGACAAUUGUCAACUUUCCCAUCACAAAUGUGGAUCUAAGAGAAUACUUGUCUGAAGAAGUCCAAGCAGUCCACAAGAAUACCACUUACGAUCUCAUCGCCAACAUUGUGCAUGAUGGCAAGCCCUCCGAGGGUUCCUAUAGGAUCCACGUGCUUCAUCAUGGAACCGGCAAGUGGUAUGAAUUACAAGACCUCCAGGUGACUGACAUCCUGCCCCAGAUGAUCACAUUGUCCGAGGCCUACAUUCAGAUUUGGAAGAGACGGGAUAAUGAUGAAACCCACCAGCAGGGGGCUUGAACACCUUGUCUGGGGUUUCACCUCCAAGGGCUGAAGAUGUUAAAUGAAAAUACUGAGGCUGUACUUUCACACGGACUGACUGAAGAUUCCUGCCCCAGCUCAGUAUCUGUGGGUCUGGCUGCGUCACCAUCAAAGAGCCUGUCUGCCCGUGGUGUCCUGUGCUGUCCAGCGGUUCUCUGAUCAGCACAUUGCAGAUGAUACUCCUUCCCUUUCAGCACCAGCAGGCAGAACUCCUACAGAUGUAUGCCUUACUUGAAUUGCUGCAAGUAUCAGAGAACAGAUAAUUCCUUGGAAACAUCAAGUCUUGAGAUUCAACGAGUGAACAUGAAGCUAACGGCAUCUUUCUGUCUGUCAUAGGUAGAUGGUUUUCCUAUAGUUCCUUCUCUCCUAUGGGACUUUUGGAAUGGAUUAAAUAUCCUCCUGUUUUUA